AUGGAUGCAAGAGAAUGGAUCCUGGGACAGGACUCAGAGCAAAAAGUAAUCUUCCAGGCCCUGGAUCGAGUCGAUCGUGAAACAGAAACUGAGAUCUUUCGCCUCUCCACGGACGCAGUCUGGCGCUCUGAUUCACAAACAACAUGCCUCGCCUGGAUUGCUAGGAAAAAUCUCAACCGAAUCAUUGACCAAGGCUCUUUGAUUCAACCCUACACUUCCUCAGCAUUAAUGGCGGAAGCUCUUGCGGUUCGCGAAGCCCUAUCACAAGCGGUGAACAAAGACUGGCAGAACCUACGAUUGGCAUCAGAUUCACAGACUCUGAUUCGACUAAUCAACAAGAAGAUUGUGAACAAUGAGAUUUACGGAAUUCUUCAGGACAUUUCAAUUCUCUCUCAAUUUCUUUUAUGUAACCUUUGA